CGGACACGGAAGGACAUCAUGAUGAAGCUGCUUUGCAUAUUCGCCGCCUUGUUGGCUGUUUCGCUGUCGGAAGAAGUCAAAGGAAAAAAGGCUGUUCAAGUUGAAGAACCUAUUGAAGAUUUAGAAGCCGCGGCAUCCGUUGAACUACUGAAAACGAGCAGGGAGCCUGUCGAGAUCUUAGAAAGAGCGGCUAGUACUUAUAACUCAGUACCACCGAGCCAAAGACCGCCUAGACAAUGGGGCCCAAAUCAAUUUAACCAGAACCAAUACAUACCCUCUAAUUUUCCAAUUAAUCCUUCUCAGGGUAACUACAUCCCUUACCCUCCUCAAAACAACUACUUCCCAUCUGGCUCCACUCUGUCUCCAGGCAAUUAUGCUCCAAUAAACAAUUUCCCAUCUGGGUCCACUUUUUCUCCUGGAAACUACUUCCCCACUUCUACUCCCGGCAGCUACGUGCCAACUCCUCCAUCAGGUGGAUACUUCCCCAACUUCCCAAAUCAAAAUUUCAUUCCUCAAAACGACGCUCCAGUUGUAGCGACAACUGAAUCUCCUAAUUAUAACCCAGUACCUCCUCAAAACAACUACAACCCACCUCAGUCAGACUACAAACCAGUAGCUCCUCAAAAUCCUACACCUCCUCAAAAUAAUUACAAUCCUCCUCAAAAUAAUUACAAUCCUCCUCAAAAUAAUUAUAAUCCUCCUCAAAAUAAUUACAUUCCUCCUCAAAACAAUUACAAUCCACCUCAAAAUAACUACAAUCCACCUCAAAACAAUUACAACCCUCAAAACCCUACGGCUCCCCAAAACGACUACUAUCCUCAAAAUACCUGGACAACAACCACCCCAAACUCAGUUAUCAAGAACGAUUUAUUCUUCGGUGACAAUGGAAGCUACAGAUACGAGUACCAACUGUCUGACGGUACGUGGGUAGGCGAGGAAGGAUACAUCGUAAACCCUAACACGAAGUAUGCGAGCUUGGUGAAGAAAGGCUGGUACUCGUACAUUGGUGCUGACGGAAAGAAGUACACUACUACGUAUUGGGCUGGUGAUAGCGGGUAUUAUGCUUAUGGUGACCAUCUACCCACUCCGCCACCUAUUCCUCCUGCGAUUCAGGCCGCCCAGGACCAGAUUGCCAAAGACGAACAAGCAAAAGCCGAAGCUGAGAAAAAUCAGCAGCAAACUUAUCCCCAACCCCAACCUACAUACCCACCACAAUCUUACCCUCAGAACUAUGGCAAGUAAAAAUUUAAAAAAGACUUUGAAGAAACUCGUACUGAAGUGAUCUUGCAAUUGCCAUUGAAAUUAUGUAAGAUAUAAAAGAUACAAGUCUCAAAUUGCAUGCCAAUUCAAGGAAAAGCAUUCAAGAAAAUUGUUUCAUACAAGUUAAGCUGUACAGAAUGCAAUUUUAGAAAUUGCAAAUUUUAACUCAGUUUCUCUUCCUCUAAGGUAUUAUUUAGGCUUAGUGGUAUAACAGAAAAAUUUGACAAUUAUUUUUUUCAAAUAAUGCGCUACACUAAUUACGUAAGCGCAGAAACAGAGCAUAGUAUUCGUACCACCAUGUUUCUUUACAAAAAUUAAGGUACAAAUUGACAAAUUCAAUAUUG